AUGGCCAGCAAGGGAAAAGGGCAGAAAGGGAUUGAUGAAUUCUAUUACGAGGAUGAAGAGGUAUUAUGCAACUGCGGGCUGAGAGCUUCUCGAAGAAUUUCACAUACUGUUGCCAACCCGAAUCGAAAAUUUUUCGGUUGUCCAUUGUUCGGCUCUAAGCUGGAGAAUGCAGAUCUUCGUGCUGCAUUAGACAGAGUGUCCAAGCAUAGUGUUGAUGUUGGAAUUGAAAGCAAGAAUGUGAUAUCAUCCUACGAAGAGAUAGUUGUUGCCAUUAAGUCGAUUAAGCUCAGAUAG